UUCCUAGAUCCUUUUCCACUCCUUUUUCAUCUCCUUCUUGCAGUUUGAGAUUGAACCCUAUUACCUUCUUCUUCUUCUUCUGUUUGAAGACCUUUCAGUGUUUUACACUUUACAUAACAGAUACAGGAGCUAUGGUUUUUCACGGUCAGUCUAAGGAGGAGGUCACAAGGAUUGAAUCCAACAAGCCAAAGAGCUUUUUGCUUCCUGGAACUAGCCUUGCCUCUGUUGAAUCCUUAUCGAUGCCUCUUGUCCAUGAAGUUGUUCUUUCAGCAGAUAUCCAAUGUGCAGAGUGCCAAAGUAGAAUAGCAGAUAUAAUGUCAAGAAUGAAUGAGACAGACUCUGUUUUGGUAAAUGUGUUGGAGAAGAAGGAAUCCUGUCAACACAAUGGCUAUGAUCAAGAGGAUUUUUCGCUCCUCCAGAAGCAGCUGUGUUGCAUGAUGAUGAGGCUUAACAUAGACUGCAAUGGCUGUUACAAGAAACUAAGAAGAAUCCUUCUUAAUAUGAAAGAAAUAGAGUCACAUAUGAUCGAGAAGCAGCAAUGUAGAGUAAGCGUAUGCGGGAGGUUUAGACCCUCAGAUGUGGCUAUAAAAAUAAGAAAGAAGAUGAAUCGUAGGGUAGAGAUACUGGAAAUUCAGGAGGUUAGCGAUGAGGAAACAGGCCAAACGCCAACAAUCAUUAGCUAAUGAUUCAAGUUUUGUGUCAGCUUAUGAAGCCAGCCCUUAUCAUACCUUGAAAAGCUUUAAUAUAAAGGAAUUAUGCUGUAUUAUGAUAGAUGGCUUCUAUAUUUCAAUCUUCAGUGAAAACUGCAAUAUGUAAAUCUGC